AAUUGCAACAGAUUAAACAAUGAAUACAUAAAUUGCUGUGCGCCGAAAGCUUACAGUUAACAUAAAGUAUAUCCCAAGUUUAAUUGCGUUAUUUUAAUGCCAAUUCAAAAUUGAUAAGCUAUAGCAUAAAUUGUGAUACGAAAACUUACUCAACAUGCUGCACAAUUUCUGCAUCGCUUUAACGCUCUGGCUCAACUUUGGCUCGCUUGCAAUUUGGGCGCUGAGCAGCGACGUUACCGCCGGCAACGCUGGUGGCUCCGCUGCAAAUAAUGUCGUGCAGGAAGAUCCCGAAUUUACGGAAGUCAUUGAUAACAUAACAGUGCCUGCGGGACGCAAUGUCAAAUUGGCAUGUUCGGUGAAGAAUUUGGGCUCCUAUAAGGUGGCGUGGAUGCACUUUGAGCAAUCGGCCAUUUUGACCGUGCACAAUCAUGUGAUAACGCGUAAUCCGAGGAUUAGCGUAACACAUGAUAAACACGAUAAGCAUCGCACAUGGUUUCUGCACAUCAACAAUGUCCAGGAGGAGGACAUGGGUCGCUAUAUGUGCCAAAUCAACACGGUGACGGCUAAAACACAAUAUGGCUUUGUCAAAGUUGUCGUGCCCCCCAACAUUGACGAUGCGCUGACCUCCAGUGAUGUCAUUGUGCGCGAGGGCGACAAUGUCACACUGCGCUGCAAGGCGAACGGUAGCCCAGAGCCGUCCAUCAAAUGGAAACGAGAUGACAACCAUAAAAUUGUCAUCAACAAGACGCUCGAAGUUAACGACCUGGAGUCCGACUCGCUGGAGCUGGAGCGCAUCUCGCGUCUCCACAUGGGCGCCUACCUCUGCAUCGCCUCCAAUGGCGUGCCGCCCAGUGUCUCCAAGCGCAUCAAAGUGAGCGUCGACUUCUCUCCCAUGGUCUGGAUACCGCAUCAGCUGGUGGGCAUACCCAUGGGCUUUAAUAUCACACUAGAGUGUUUCAUUGAGGCGAAUCCAACAUCGCUCAAUUACUGGACGCGCGAGAAUGAGCAAAUGAUCACCGAGUCCUUUAAAUACAAAACUGAAACAAUUCCGGGGCAUCCGUCGUAUAAGGCAACCAUGCGACUGACCAUAACUAAUGUGCAGAGCAGUGAUUAUGGCAACUAUAAGUGCGUCGCCAAGAAUCCUCGGGGCGACAUGGAUGGCAACAUAAAACUCUACAUGUCAAGUCCACCCACCACACUGCCACCGCCCACAACCACAACGUUACACACAACCACAACAACCAUGCGUUUGGCCCACGACGCCAACACACCCUUCAAUGCGUAUGCAGCUGAUGUGCCCACAAACUCAGUAAUUGUUAUUGAUAAGCUGGGCUAUAAAUAUCAAUCGAAUUUAAAUGAGAUCGGCAAGUCCGAGCAAAAGCUUACAGGCAACACUCCAGACAGUUAUGACUGGACAAAGGUCAAGAGCAGUGCUGGGCGUGGCACACUUCAUUCUUGUUGGCUCUGUGCACUGGUUUUGCUGCUGGCAACGCAUUUACAUCAUUAGAAUAGAAUAUGCAAAACUAUAUUAAUAAAGUGCCAUUACAAGAACAUUAAUUCAAUAAACAACAAAAGCCAAACUGCAGCUACAAAUUUAACCAAAAUCAUCCUA